AUGGGUGUUGUUGAUGAAUCAGCAUUAGAAUUAUAUCCCUGCAGUGUUACUAUUGAGGAAGCUGAUCCCAUUGAUAGGCAUGACCAGCAAAAGUUUCUGGCAAGUGCUGAUUUUCUUUCUAAUUAUAGUAUUCCUGCUUUGAUUUCUAAUAUGCAUGCAGCAGCAGCAGAAGUUCUUAAGGGAAAGCAGUUGAGGGAUGUUUUCAACAGUAUGGUACUGCAUGGAACUAUUAUGCAGAUACUAGACCUGUUCAUUAGCACAGGGAAACCCCAUAAUUUGGUGGACUACUUGAUGCCAGAUGACACCAAAUCCUACAAACCGGCAUCACCCUCCAAUGGUGACAGCUCAACUCCUGCAGAUGUCACCAAAUUUGACCAACUGAUGGUGGAGACACGUGCUGUGUUAUCAAGUGCUGAAUUCAUAAAUGUUAUCGACGUAUCACUGAGAACGGUGGUGGAUGCAGUGGUGGAGGACAUGAUGGGGGUUCAGCUGGGAGGAGGCAGUCCAUCAUCAGGGAUGGUGCUGGCCAAACUUCUGCCACGAGUUGCCCAGAUGGGUCCUUUGCUGCUGGAAGAACCCUCCAAAAACAGGUUCAUCCAAAUUAUCCAAAAGGCACCAGAAGUUGAAUUCUUUUUCACACUUCUGUAUGCAAACAUGCCGACCUUAUGAUAGGGCUAGUGAGUGGAAAGAAUGGGUUGUAUUUUUAUGAGACAUUUAAACUUCUAUGGAAGGGAGGCCAUGAAUGUAAAGAAUCUCAAGGUGCUUGGCUUGGCCUGUCCUUGUCCAAAGUUGAAUCACUUUGGAAACAAUAAGAGAGAAUUUAUUUGAAGAUCACUACUGCAUCCAUUUGUAAUUCUUUUCAGUUCAAUAUUUUGUUGAUUAUUGUGAUGUCAAACAUUCCUCAACUAUAUUGCUUAAACCCCUAAUAAAAUGAAGCUUUACUGUUA